AGUAAGGUCUUGUCUUGUCUUGUCUUGUCUGUUCUGUUCUGUUCUGUUCUGUUUUGUUUUGUUUUGUUUUAUUUUGUUUUGUUUUGUUUUGUUUGUUUUGUUUGUUUGUUUGUUUCUUCUAAUCCCUUGUUUGUUGCCUGCUUGCCUCCUUGUUUUUUUAAUUCUGGUUUUUUUUGAUUCGUUGUUAAUUUCGGAUAUACGUACAUAUUUUUUUUUCUCGUCGGUGAUUCCAUUUUUUUCUUUCACCCUCUGUCUCUCUCUCUCUUUUCUCGCUAAAAAUCGGGUUUUCUUGAGUUUUUUAUUUAAUCGGGGCCUGGAAUGAUUUCAUUUUCUCUCUCGCAUGUUAUUUUCGGUUCCUACUUCUUACCUGGUCUUGGUUCUUGGUCUUGGUGGCGGUCAUCUGUAUUUGAUUUUGAUAUUUGAUAUUUUGUUUGAUUUUAUUUGGGCUCCUACCUACUGCAAUGCACGCGUUUGCUUUUUUGGCUACCGUUUUUGUGCCCUUCACUUCGCAUCGGGCUUUCAACUUGCCUAUUUCCGGUCCCACCUUCCCGGGGGCAGAGGGAGGGGGGCGAGGACGGGGAGGACAAGGGAGGGUUUCUUUAUUUCAGCUUGUUGAAGGUGGGAGGUGGGCUUGGUGGGGUGUUUUGUGCACUUUUGUUUGGAUUUGUAUGCAACGUUUUUUGUUCGCUUGUUUAUUUUUAUGGAUGGGGUGGAUUGGGCUCGGAUGGGUUGAUUUUACAACACGAAAAGCAAUGUGUUUUUAUUCAGUUGUUUUUCUUUCGGUUUUUGGAUGGAUGGGAUGGAUGGAUGGGAUGGCUGGGCGGAUGGUAUGGAUAUGGAUGGGAGCAGGCGGAUGGGAUGGUUUGGCGAGGGCGGGCGGGUGAGAUAUGGACUGGACUCUACAGUGUACAAGCACAGAAAGAC